AUGACGUCACAGCUCUGGUCCUCAACUCCAUGGGUCAACUCUGGCAAUACAUGGCAUAAGCGCCGUGUCCCAUACACACAAAAUGCAACAUACCUUCUCACUCUCGACAUUUGGCAACCAAAACCUCUCGGAGGGUCUUCACUCCGGACAGCAGACGUGUUGCCUCACGGCAAAGGCCCUUGGGUCGUCUAUAUCCACGGCGGGGCAUGGCGAGAUCCACUCGUUGACUCCUCGUCCUUCGAAGCUACUGCCCUCAAACUUCUGAGCGACCAAGAAACACCUGUCGCAGGACUUGCAUCAAUCAAUUAUCCUCUUUCAUGCCAUCCAAAUCAUCCUACGCAUCCCGCACCACCUCGCGAUUCUUCAGAGCCUGUUGAUGUUGCUCGACAAGCUAAGCAUCCUGAUCACAUAAUCGCUCUACUCACGGCCAUCUCAUUUCUGCAAAAUGACCUUGGAGCAGCUCAUGAUUAUGUCCUGUCAGGCCACAGCUGCGGUGCUACCAUGACGUUUCAGACAUUGAUGAACCCCGAUCACUGGUUAGGUACUGCAAAGGGGAUUCCGGUCCCGAAGGUGAAGAAGCCAAGGGUCAUAGCUCCUCUGAACGGUCUCUACGAUCUCGCUGCCUUUAUCAGCAACCCACCAGAAUCUCACAAACAACUCCAGCCACUGUAUACCGACUUUACGAAAAAUGCAUUUGGCAAUGACGAGGCGGUAUGGAAGGCCAUCUGUCCUACUAGUGUCACAGACUGGAGUGCAGAGUGGCCUGAAUGCAAAGUCGUCGUCAUCGCCCAGAGCAAGGAAGAUGGUCUUGUGCCAUAUGCCCAGACUGAGCUUAUGAAGGAUCACCUGAGAAAGACGUCAACGCUUGAGAUUGUUGAGAUGAAAGCUAGUGGUGAUCACAAUGAUCUAUGGAAGCAAGCUGAUGAGAUCGUAGAUAUCAUAAAGCUCGCGGCUGGAUAUUUAGCCAAGCUCUGA